UUAGAUAGAGAGAACACAAAGAAGUCCGAAAGAAACAAAAGACAAAGAGUAAUGAAGAAGAGUAAACAAGAGAACAUAUUUUCUCCUUCUUCUUCAUGGCGGGAGACUCAUAAUCCUCCUCGGAGAACUUCAAACUCCUCCGCCGUAUCCUCCGGUUGUCUUCCGGGAUUCUUCAACCUCUUCCUCUCCACCUUCAACUUCUCCUCCAACCGCCGCAAAUCCAUCACUCAGGGAUCUAAAAAGCAAGAACAAAGAACGGUCACCUACGCUUCUCCUCCAGAUGAUACAUCAAACCGAGAUGGCGGAGGAACCGUAGAGUCGCCGCUUCCACACAACGAAGGAAUGGAGGGUGAUCUGGCGAGGGUGAGUCUUGUUGGAGCGUUAGAGAAAUGUGAUCGGGACUUAGAGGAGCUACGGAGAACCAUCGACGUCAUCAAAACCAGUUACCUUCUUCACAAGAAACUUGAGGUUUCACCGCCGAUGGCGCGUGAUAGUUUCAAGUUCUGUAGCACCGCAAUGGCAGGAGAUGUCGACGUGGGGACGCAAACGGAUAAGAACAUGAAGGCGACAGUACAUGAAACAGACACGGACACAACAAUGUUGUCGAAGGUGAUGAAGAACGAUCAAGAGUACAAAGACAACAUAACCUACAAAGUCAACCACAUUAAUCUAAUCACUAGACCCGAUCAUUACACCAUUCAUGACGUCAUUUCCAGGACAGCAACGAUAGAGACACGUGACAAUGCGCCAAUUAUGGUGCGGAAGGUAAGACGGAGCCUGAUGGAGAGCGUGAACGAUCUUUGUGAUGACGUGGCAUCUGGUCAACGAAGAGAGGUCGCUAAGAUCGGUUUGGCCAUUCAUGACCACAUCUGUCGGGAUUUGAUUUCAGAGACCGUUCACGAGCUGUCUUCCUUCUCUGACUACUGCAACAACGAGUGUCAUAAGUAUACUGAUUGUUACGGCGAAGGAAGUGGGCGCCGACACAUCCGACGUGGGAGUACCAACUCACUUCCGCUUGACGCGUGUCGAAGAAGAUUAGUGUUUUGAUGUGAUCGAUCUACUCUUAGGUUCUUUGAACGUCAGAGCAUCUGAAUCAAUGAACCCCCUCUUGGGAUUCAUAAGGAUUUUUUAUAUUUUUUUUUGUGAGACAAUAGUGAUUAACUUCUAUCUAUUGUGUUCCUGCAUUAGUGAAUCUGAAA